AUCAACUUUCACUUAAAUCUUUCUACUCGAAACACAACAAACGCGUCGUGCUUAUACAAAAUUUCUAGUUUUAUUCCCAUCAAUAUUGCAAAAUCGUUAGUGUUUUUGCAAAAAUGUUGAAAAAAUUCGUGGAAGUGAACGCGGAAUGCAGUCCCUCGACGAACCCGUACGAGGUGCGCACCUACCUCGGCAACGACACCGUGCCGGAAUGGAACGCCGAGAAUUGUCCGCCCCGCGACCGUGUCUGCCCGAAGAAGCCACCAACCUCAACGAUCUCUCAAGUCCUAACCAUCGAGGAUGAGCUGCGUCGCAUACACCACAAGUCGGAGCAAUCUCGCUUCUUCAAUGUGUUCAAACCGAAAUGCGCCCUUUAUGACGACCACACCAAGUGCGUCAUACCGCAGCGCACUCCUGCCGAGUUAAAGCUGAACGCCGAGAUGCGAGAGCGCAUCCUAGCCGCCCGCGUCGAUAUUGGCCUGGUGGAGCAUGAUGCCAAGAAGCCGCGAAAGUGUCCCAAGGAUCUCGUUGUCCUCAACAGUCCCAUGGAUAUGGGAGAGGAGGAACAGGAUGCCGAGGAGGGUGAGGAGGAGGAGACAGAGGUUAAGCCACAACUAGCCUCAGCCGAGUGCAGCUCGGAUAUGAUUCUCAUUCCGGACAAGCGAAUGCUGGAGCUUAAGCGUCCCAAGAGUCGUAUUUACCUGAACGAGACAGAUGUGGGUCCGCUAGAGGAACUACCUUUCCCCUCCUACAAUCCCCGUGUCCUGCAAGAAGGCUUAGAGACCGAUAACCUGCAGACCUACGACCUCAUCGAAGGUUGCAAUCCAGCGGAUCUGUGGACCUGGAACGUGGGCUACCAAAGGCGGGAACAGGAACUCGAUCAGGACUUUAUCAAUGCUUCCCUGCCCAGAUAUGAAAACGACGGGGAACUUACGCUUUAUAAUAUUCCCAAUCAACUCGAAAAGACCUUCACUGCUGAGAUUGUGUUCGGAACUCGAAACAUUUAUCCAGAACCAAAACCGGAUUCUAACCGUUUAAGAUACUAUAAUAGGCCCAGCGAGGUUGGCGCCAUUAUCAUUGCCUUUGUGGAAAGCUUCCGCUUGAAUCCGGAUUUCUGGACAGGCGCCACCAUGGAUGCCAUCCUUAAGCGCGGUGUGAAGUUGGUCAAGAAGAGUGCUUCCUUAAACUUCAAAUCGGAGGUCAACGAUUUCGAUAUACUCCCUCAAGUGGCUGAACGUCAGGCCGCUGUGCAGAUCAAGAUCCACUUUUCGGGACUACUGAAGAACGAACCCAAUAUGUUCAAGGUUCUUUCGCUGUUUUUCUCCAAGUAUAAUGCCUGCAUUUUUACAUCCCGCGAUCUCUUCCUGCUGAUCUGGAAGCGAUGUCUGAACUCGUACUACAUCUUUGAUCCAAAUGGACGUGAUGACCAAUGCGAAAGGGACUUCGAGGAGGGAAAGUGCUCUCUGAUGGCCACACGGUUCACCGAGCAUUUGGUGCACCUGAUCAUUAAAUUCAGUGACUUGCAACCCGAUGAUGAGUUCAAUAUCUUUGAGAUUUCACUGACCCAGUACGGAAAGCUAAAGGAGGAGCCCUAUAAGAAGGGGGAGGACGAGGAAUAUCACAAACUCUGGGCGGUGGUCAAUGAGCAUUUUGCUGUGAAGACAUCAGGCACUGGUGGCAUUCAUCAGCCCAUUUCCGGCAACGAGAAGAAUGCCUCGCUGGUGGUGUCCCUGAUAGCCCUGAUUUAUUCCGAAUUCGAGUUAGCCAAGUUGUGGCGACCGGGAACCAUUGAUGAUAUCAUGCGGUAUGGUGUGGCUUACUACAAGACCCUGCGCAAGAAGUUCCGACUGGAUGGCAAGCGCUGGAAGAAUAAGAAGCCCCAUUUGAAUAUUGUGGACCUGCCGGAGAUGUUCCUGAUGGGUGCCUUCAAGGCCACCGUUCGCAAAUAUCCCUUCAUGAUCAACGGACACGUGGCGGACUGCAAAAGCUAUUUGGAUUCUCAGCUGACGAUGGCGCUGCACCAACUCUUCAAUAUGCCCAACUGGCCAGCGGCUCUCCUCCAGAUCGAUAACUCUGUGCUGGCCUUGUGGCGUGACAGGGAGUUCUUCUACGUCUUCGAUCCGUUCCGUAGGAAUCGCACUGGCUUGGUGGUGGAUCCCGAUGAUUAUACGAUCAGGGGUCUGGCCGUGCUGCAGAUUCAUGCCACUUUCGACUCCUUUGUCCGUGUGCUGUACCGGAAUGCCUUGAAGAUGAGACGUGGUGGCAAGUUCUUUAUCCACGGCAUCCGUUCGGGUUGCAUCCGUCCACUGCAGGUGAUAACACCGCAGGCAAACAAGUUCCCGAACCUUAAGAUGGGUUUGCCCACGUUCACGGAUGAACCACCGGCUCCUGAGCUGAAGCAGAAGAAGAGUAUCGAGAGCAUUCCGGAUGAGGAACGUUUCCCCACAGUAGAGGAGAGCGAAAUGGUGGACGAUCUGAUCAACUGGAUUAUCAAUAAUAUUAUCAAGGAACUGCCAGAACCACAGCCGAGGAGGCCAAGCAUAUAUAGGCCUGCCCAGAAGGUCCUGCUGCGCACGGAUAAGGAGAACCUUCGAGCACUGCGGCUGAAGAUCAAGCGCGGUUACGAGCUGGGCCAGGAGGAGGAGGAGGGUCUGAAGCGCGUGCUCACAGUGGAAGAGGAAUUGGCUCUCAAGAGCAACUUCAAGCAGCUGCCGGAUGGCUCCUGGAUCAUUAUGGGCACCACCUCCCUGCCCCAGGUGGAUGAGGAGAUGGCCAAACUGGGUGGCUUGCUGGCUGCCCUGGUGGCCAUGGCGGUAUCCUCGAAGUACAAGAUCUCCACCUGGAAUGCCGAUCUCAUUGAGUUCUCGCUGGAAUCGGUCAACAGCUUCAGUGAGGACUAUCAGAUGUACGAGAAUGUCCUGGCCUGUCUGUUGGCCAAGAAGCUGCCGGACAUUGCCAUCGGCGAGAGCAACUUCAGUCUGGAGGUAAAGAAGGUGGUCAAGUCCUCCAUCACGGUGCCGCUGCGUCAAGUUCUGGUGGAUCUUCUGGUGGACCACAACCGACUGCUGCUCGUCUGCCAGCGCUUCUCCUGUGUGAUCUUCAGGCGCUACAACUUUGUGUACAUGUUCAUUGGCUUCCCGUGCAAUGCCAUUGGGUAUCGGAAGGGCGGAUCUGGUCCAGCCUGCCUCCUACGCUUCUUGGAGUUGGAUGCCCUGAUCAAGCGCAUUGAGUUUGGCUGCAAUCCCCAGGGCUGCUCCGUAAUGAACUUUAUUGUGGCCUGCAUCGCAAUGGUGGACAACAAUCUUCAUGGACGAUUCAGACCGGCGGCCAAGGCGGACGAUGACAAUGAGGUCAAGCAGGAGACUGCUCGGCAGAAGAAGCUACGUGAGCAACGGCUGGAGAAGAUGCGAUACAUCGACGAGGAGCUGAGGAAGGAAAACGAGCGCAUCCAGACGUUCCUGAAGGCGAAGCAGGAGCAUUGGGAUCGCAAGACCGGAAAGAGCAAGCCCGAGUACAGGGACACCGGCAUCGACGAAGGCGAGGGCGAGGAGGGUGAGGAGGACGACGACCUGGUCGAGGAGGAGGGCGAGGAAGAGGGCGAGGAGGAGGUGGAGCUGAAGCACAAACCCGGCAAGAAGCUGCCCAAGGAACUGCGGCGUGUGUACAAACCUCGACCCAUCAUGUUUGGCUAUCGAAUGCGCGAAAAGGACUGCAACUUCAAGAUCCAGGGUAGCGUCGCUUUAGAGGGACGUGGAGAUGGCUCCUUCAAGACGAUCAAGCCGUGCUACUUCGCCUCCGCCUUGGCCAUCCUCAGCUGCUCGCUGCGUCCGCUGAACCAGUGGAACUCGUACCGCAUCGAUCGGGUGAUCAGCAAUGCCAAGAGCAUUGCCGCCGGAGUCUGUGACCUGGAGUCCGCCUACGAGCGCGUCGUCCGCCAUGUGACCAUCGACGACUACGAGUUCGACAUCUGGAUCCGUUGCUUCGAGGUGACGGGCUUGUGGACACCGACGCCCAUGAAGAAUGCCGGCUCCCCGGAGGCGGGUCUCACUCUGUUCAAGAAGAAGUUCAACAAGCUCCUGAAGGUGCGCAAAUACAUGAUCCUCUUUACGCCCAACGGAAGCUUUGCCAUCUACCACGACGAGUUCUUCCACGUCUUCGAUCCGUAUGGCAGCAUGGAGAAGCCCGAUGAAGGCGAGGAGGAGGAGGAACAGGAUGGCGACGAGGAGGAAGGCAAGAAAAAGAAGCGCUGCCCAAAAGGACCGAAGCGAUGGCCCGAGAGAAACACCGCCUCCUGGGUGCUCCUCUACGACAUGGACUCUGUGCUCAAGUACAUCGAUAACCGGGUUGCCGCCAAGGAUUGGAAGGAGAAGAGCAUGUUCAAGUUCUUUGUGGUGGAUGUGCUGUCGCACAAGAAGGCGGCACCUAAUGCUCGCAUCCUGCAACUCCUCACCGAUCUGUCCAUACCCAUGACUUGCUCGAACAAGCAAUACGGCCGACCAGAGUAUGAGAUCUGUGCCACCAAUGAGUCUCUGGGCUGGCUGGAGCUGGAGAACUGCCUGCCUGUCUGGAGCAGACUGAACAGAAGGAACACGGCUGGCAAGUAUCGCAACCUGCCAGUCACCAAGAUCAAGAAGUUCGAUGUGGAGAUCGAGGGACGUCUCUGGUCGCUGUGGGGCAACCUGCAUCCGGAGGCACCGGUCUUCGACGACGAGUUGCGAGGUCGCCAGUACCUGGGAUGCUAUGUGAUGGCCUGCUGUGCGGCCAGCGUCUACCGGCUGAUGGACUGGAGUCCUCAUCUCCUGGACACCAUCGUGAUCAGCGGCACCAAUUACUUCAAGGAGAGCAUCGAUCAGAUCAGUGUGGAGGACUACGAGUUCUCGCUGGAGAAUCUCAACAUCGACUGCUCCAUGGACACCAUCAACUUUGUGGUCCACAUCGAACAUGUGUGCUAUGGCAAGCUGUACCGAGUGCCCACCUUCAACCGGAUGAAUCUCUCCGAGGCGCUGAUCUACUUCUUCAGUCACUAUCAGUUUGGUAUUGUGAGUGUGCGGAAGAGGGCCUUGGCCAUUGGCUUCUGUCCGGGACACGAUGGCGGAUACUUUAUGUACGACUGCCAGGAGAAGGAUCAUCCGCUGUUCCCCAAACAACAGGGAGCUUCCUAUAUGCUGCGCACCCGCCAUCUCCAGGUGCUGCUCUACUGCAUCGUGGUCACCCUGAAUGUGCCCUUCUACAACAUCGACUUUAGUAUCCACAAGGUGGAAAUGCUGCGCGAAGGAGCCACCGUGGAGAACGAGGAGGAGGAGGGUGCCGAGGAGGAAAAACAAGAGUAGAAUAUACCAGGAGCUGGAGCUGGAGGAUUGGUAUAAGAAGAUGUUGGGGAUUGUUUCGUUGGGUGCUCGUGGGGUCUGACGCUAAAGAAUUAGGUUUCUUUCUUUUGGAAUAUAUAUCGACAGAGAAUGGGUUUAAUAAAGUAUUGAGCCUCUUUUGGAAUUAGUUUCUUAA